AUGAAUCAACAUCGACUCUUCUCAUUAUUUUCAAACGAGGGUCCAAGAGGUGCUGCUUCCUCAUCAUCACAUAAAACACUCGGAGAGGGAGCAUUGGAAGACGAGGAUGAAAGACAGCCAUUGGAUCUAACUAGUGAAGAAAAUAUGCAAGAUAUAGAUGAUGAUGAAGGAAAGGAUGUUAUGAUAACACAGCACGACGAUGAAGGAUCGGAUACUCUUCGUAUUGAUGAUGGAGAGGACGAUGAGAGGAUUCAACUCGUGAAUGGAGAUGAAGAAGAAAAUGUUAAGCCGAUCGAAUAUGAUGAAGAUAUUGGAAAAGCUUUUGAGAUUUACGAGAAGAAUUAUAGGAGUCACGAAAUCAAGAAUAGCCAUACAGCAAUUGAUGCCAUGUUUUAUGAAAUCAUGGAACAAAAUUUUUAUCCAUCAGAAAAUUCUCAUAUUAUAUUAAGUAAGCGAUAUGAGAAAAUAUGUGAAAGAAAAGUACAAGAGCUGGAAGAAAUUUACAAAAAGACAUACUUCUUACCUGACGAACAACAUUUCAAAGUGAAGGAAGAGUAUUAUACUCUGAAAUUGGAAAAAUAUACUUGGGAUUUGAUUUAUGCACUUUUUGAAGACGAAAAAAGAAUAGUUCGGCAAUAUGAAUUACCAGCUGAUUAUAAGGAUUUUUUGUGGAGAAAUAGUCACAAAGAAAUUGUAAACAGAAUGAAAAUGAACCCGGAGUUUAGAAAACUAUGUAUUAUUGUGGAAUGGCUCGAGAAAAAUGCCAGAGAAAGGGUUGACAUUGAAAAUGAAGGAAAUUGGAUGUACACCUCAAGAAAGGACAAGCAAAUUGAUCCUGACACUGUCUACAAGCAAAACGCACUAGAUGACGACGAUUUGAGACAAGAACGGCUCAUUGUCAAGAAAACAUGGGCCCUGGUCAGAUCGGGUCAAAUGAAGGAGGCACAAAUGUUUUGCCGCAAGCAUGAACAAUUUUGGAGAGCAGCAACAAUUGCUGGUUCCGAACUUUACCAUAAUCCAAGAUUAUUAUCGAAAGAAGGCAACAUUGAGGGUGAAAACUCUGAAUCUGUUGGCAACCAAAAUCGUUUUGUUUACCUUAACACAUUAAUUUCCAUGCUUAAGUCAGAUGAUUACCUAAGCAAUGAUGAAAUCCAUCACUACGAGAAAGCCAUCUAUGGAAGUAUUUGUGGUGACUUGCCAUCAACUUUAGCUGUUUGCAACGACUGGGAAGAUUAUUUGUGGGCCUAUUGUAAGACAACUAUGAAUUACCUUAUCAAUAGGCAACUUGCCGAAUAUGUUCCAAGUGACUCGGAAGACAAGAAAUAUGUGGAUGCGGUUCUAAGUUUUACUAACUCUAACAACAGGAGCUUCCAUGAAAUUCUUCAAUCAUUGCGAGUGUCCAACAACGAGAAGGUCAAAGAGGAAGCCGUUCAUUAUCAUCAUGUCGUUCAAGAGUACAUUAUUUGCAACCAAGUACCCGGCCUUAUCAAGUAUUUACUCGAUUCCAUAGUUCAUCCUGCUGAAAAAUCUAUGAGCUACAUUUCACACUUGUUGCGAUUUAGCUCGCAUUUUAUUUUGACAUUAUCAAUGGCUGGAGAUGUAGAAUUGAAAAACGAUAGUGGAAAGGACGCAAUUUUAGUCAAGUAUAUCCAUUACUUGGUAAAUACUAAGCAAUAUGAACAUAUAGCAUUUUAUACUAGAUUUAUUAGCGAGAAACACGAAACUGUGAACAACUACGACUAUCGUUCUAUCAUUUUUGCAGAGGUCAUUAUCUCAAUCGAGCAAGCAGAAAGAGAGAAAACCAUCUCUAGAGAUGAUACUUUGAGAAGAAUGUUAAUUGCUUCAGCAAAGAAGAAUGAACUCAAUGUUUCUGAAAUUGCAAGUAUUGUAGCUGAAAAAUCUCUUCAAUCUGCAGAGAGUAUCAACUCCAUAUCCCACAUUAAUUUAUUAGAUUCCCAAUUUUUCCUUGACCCCAACAAUAAUCCAUUUAAUAAGCUCCGAGAAAAACAGACCACAGAACUAGACAUUAAGAAGAUUAACUCUAUUGAUUGGUUAUGUAUUGAAGAUAUUAGUCCAUUCGAAUGUCUUGCACAGAGCAACACUUUGCUGCGAGAAUUCAUUCAGGUAGGCAAGUUGGAAGCAUUUGAAAUGCUCUUGUCAAAGCUCCAAGAGGCAAUUGAUCCAAAACUUGAAAAUCAAUUCGACCUGCCAACCGAGAAGAAACAGCAACAAGCAUUACAAGAAUACAAAGAUUGGAAGCUCUACAAGGAAACAAUGUUGUCCUAUGACAAAUGGAGCAAUCAAUUAAGGCAAAAGCCUCAAUUUAAAACCAUGGAGAAUGCCGUUUUCAAAAGCCAAGCUGAUAAGAUCAAAUACGAAACAGAACUCAACACAUUCACAAACACAACAUUGAAAAAGUGGGCCCAAGAGAAUGACAUCUUGUUAAAUCAAGCAGUGGAAAAACACUUUGAAUUUUUGGAUCAUAGAUUCCUUGAUCAGGAACAAGUCAAUGACAAUCCACCACAUCUAAUUCAUGAACUCAAACAACGGUGUAUUCCUGAUGUUGUGUUUUGUCUCUAUCAAUUACUCUCCUUCUCAGAAAAGUACGAAGAUUGCAUGCAACUCUCUGACAAGGUUGCCUCUGAUUCACUAUCACUCUUUGAAUACUUUUCAAAGGAGCAAUUAGUUGAAUUCCUCAAGCUUAUGGGUGUUUGUGAAUUGAAUGCCAUUGUCCAAGAGCAACAACAGAACAAUAUCAACGAUGGCCAAUUGGAGUAUUAA